GGAGGAGGAGAGGGAGCCGAGCGACCAUUUAAAGCGAUAGCAAUCCCUGCCCUCUCCCAGAGCCGGGCUGUCGGAGAGCGCGAGCGGCCAGCCGGGGAGCGAGCGCGGCGCGCUGGCCAGCGACCCCGAGAGCGCCAGGUGCCCCAGGCUGGCAGGCGCCGCGGGACCCCCGAGCCUCGCCGGCCGCCCCUCCCUGGGCGCCCCCGUGCCGCGCGCCUGCGGGCACCCCUGGGCUUCCCCGGAGCCGCGCACCCCGAGGGGCCCAGAGCUCGGCGCGCCCGCCACGGUCCCCUCCAGCGCCGCCGCCGCAGCCGCAGCCCGGGCAGCAUGGUCCGGCUGGGCAAGCUGUUGGGCGUCCUGACUCGGAUGGAGUUCCCCUGCUGCGUGCUGGAGGUGCUCCUGUGCGCGCUGGCGGCGGCGGCGCGCGGCCAGGAGAUGUACGCCCCGCACUCGAUCCGGAUCGAGGGGGACGUCACCCUCGGGGGGCUGUUCCCCGUGCACGCCAAGGGUCCCAGCGGAGUGCCCUGCGGCGACAUCAAGAGGGAGAACGGGAUCCACAGGCUGGAGGCGAUGCUCUACGCCCUGGACCAGAUCAACAGCGAUCCCAGCCUGCUGCCCAACGUGACGCUGGGCGCGCGGAUCCUGGACACUUGUUCCAGGGACACUUACGCGCUGGAGCAGUCGCUCACUUUCGUCCAGGCGCUCAUCCAAAAGGACACCUCCGACGUGCGCUGCACCAACGGCGAGCCCCCGGUGUUCGUCAAACCCGAGAAAGUAGUCGGAGUGAUUGGGGCUUCGGGGAGUUCGGUGUCCAUCAUGGUAGCCAACAUCCUGAGGCUUUUCCAGAUCCCUCAGAUCAGCUACGCGUCCACGGCACCCGAGCUCAGUGACGACCGGCGCUACGACUUCUUCUCCCGCGUGGUCCCGCCCGAUUCCUUCCAAGCCCAGGCCAUGGUGGACAUUGUGAAGGCCCUGGGCUGGAACUACGUGUCUACCCUUGCGUCUGAAGGAAGUUACGGGGAGAAAGGUGUGGAAUCCUUCACUCAGAUUUCCAAAGAGGCAGGUGGCCUCUGCAUCGCCCAGUCUGUGAGAAUCCCCCAGGAGCGCAAAGACAGAAGCAUUGACUUUGAUCGAAUUAUCAGACAGCUCCUGGACACCCCCAACUCCAGGGCCGUGGUGACUUUUGCCAACGAUGAAGAUAUAAAGCAGAUCCUUGCAGCCGCCAAGAGAGCUGACCAAGUGGGCCAUUUUCUCUGGGUGGGAUCGGACAGCUGGGGAUCCAAAGUGAACCCACUGCACCAGCACGAAGAUAUUGCAGAAGGCGCCAUCACCAUUCAGCCCAAGCGAGCAACCGUGGAAGGGUUCGAUGCUUACUUCACAUCCCGCACGCUUGAGAACAACAGAAGAAACGUGUGGUUUGCUGAGUACUGGGAGGAAAACUUCAACUGCAAGUUGACGAUCAGUGGGUCCAAAAAGGAAGACACGGACCGCAAGUGCACAGGACAGGAGAGAAUUGGGAAAGAUUCCAACUAUGAGCAGGAGGGUAAGGUUCAGUUUGUGAUUGACGCCGUCUAUGCCAUGGCUCACGCCCUUCACCAGAUGAACAAGGAUCUCUGUGCCGACUACCGGGGUGUCUGUCCGGAGAUGGAGCAGGCUGGAGGCAAGAAGUUGCUGAAGUACAUUCGCAAUGUUAACUUCAAUGGUAGCGCUGGCACCCCAGUGAUGUUUAAUAAGAACGGAGAUGCACCUGGGCGUUACGACAUCUUCCAGUACCAGACGACAAACACCACCAACCCCGGUUACCGUCUGAUUGGGCAGUGGACAGAUGAACUUCAGCUCAACAUAGAGGAUAUGCAGUGGGGUAGAGGAGUCCGGGAAAUCCCCCCUUCUGUGUGCACACUGCCGUGUAAGCCUGGACAAAGGAAGAAGACACAAAAGGGGACCCCAUGCUGCUGGACCUGUGAGCCUUGCGAUGGUUACCAGUACCAGUUUGAUGAGAUGACGUGCCAGCACUGCCCCUAUGACCAGCGGCCCAAUGAGAAUCGGACCGGCUGUCAGAACAUCCCCAUCAUCAAACUGGAGUGGCACUCCCCCUGGGCGGUCAUCCCCGUGUUCCUGGCAAUGCUGGGCAUCAUCGCCACCAUCUUCGUCAUGGCCACUUUCAUCCGCUACAAUGACACGCCCAUCGUCCGCGCAUCUGGCCGGGAACUCAGCUACGUCCUGUUGACAGGCAUCUUUCUCUGCUACAUCAUUACUUUCCUGAUGAUAGCCAAACCCGACGUAGCGGUGUGCUCCUUCCGGCGCGUUUUCCUGGGGUUGGGUAUGUGCAUCAGCUACGCGGCCCUCUUGACAAAAACCAAUCGGAUUUAUCGCAUAUUUGAGCAGGGCAAGAAAUCAGUGACAGCCCCCAGACUCAUAAGCCCCACGUCUCAGCUGGCAAUCACUUCCAGUUUAAUAUCGGUUCAGCUUCUGGGUGUUUUCAUUUGGUUUGGCGUCGACCCACCCAACAUCAUCAUAGACUAUGACGAGCAUAAGACAAUGAACCCUGACCAGGCUAGAGGAGUUCUGAAAUGUGACAUUACAGAUCUCCAAAUCAUUUGCUCCUUGGGAUAUAGCAUCCUUCUCAUGGUCACGUGUACCGUGUAUGCCAUCAAAACUCGGGGUGUGCCCGAGAACUUUAAUGAAGCCAAGCCCAUUGGAUUCACUAUGUACACGACGUGUAUAGUGUGGCUCGCCUUUAUCCCGAUUUUUUUCGGCACUGCUCAGUCAGCGGAAAAGCUCUACAUACAAACUACCACGCUCACCAUCUCCAUGAACCUAAGUGCAUCGGUGGCGCUGGGGAUGCUAUACAUGCCGAAAGUGUACAUCAUCAUUUUCCACCCUGAACUCAACGUCCAGAAACGGAAGCGAAGCUUCAAGGCGGUAGUCACAGCUGCCACCAUGUCAUCAAGGCUGUCACACAAACCCAGUGACAGACCCAACGGUGAGGCCAAGACAGAACUCUGUGAAAACGUAGACCCAAACAACUGUAUACCACCAGUAAGAAAGAGUGUACAAAAGUCUGUCACUUGGUACACUAUCCCACCAACAGUGUAGCUUUUGACCGCUUUCUACAAGGGUUUGCUAUCCCAGCGUCUCCUCAAAAAGCGAUUAAUAAUUGCCAUCUCUGUUCUGCAACUUGAGCUCGACUUAAAGGAAUGGGAUCGAAGUUCACGUGGUGGCAUUUCUACCAGUUCUUAGCCUACAAGGGAGGCAUACAUCAUGUCCCUAAGUCACAAGAAUGAAAUCAAGGUUUCGGCUCAAGCUCACCCUGCACUGUGUGUCCAGACUGACCAAGCAGAAGGGCAUUCUUGAGUUGGGCCAAUGAAAGAAAUGUUUGCUGAGCACCUGUUCUAUGGGCCGCCCUGCACAGACUGGGAAUGGGGCAGCAGCAGACGGUGCCUCUGGGAGCUGAGAGCGAACGGAAAGCUUGAAGGAAGUGGCAACACCUCGGCGUGGCAGGAGCUCCUGGUGCAGGUUCUCACUCGGUGAUCUGAAGCUGCACUUGAGCUCAUCUGAAGGAUGAAGGACUCCAGGGAGCCCUAAGAGGAAAGGCCGCCGAGGCAGGGAAGAGGACGCACAGCGAAUCCGGGGUACAGGAGAACAGGACCUGCUCUGAGCCUUGCAUGCAGCUCCAUGAGGCUGAGGUCUGGGUCUGGGGUCUGGGGCCAGAGGCUCUCAGGGGAUGACAUGCAGGAAGCAGCCUGAGAACUUAGGGCUGGGUCUUCUCUAUCUUUGCACCCCAAGCACAAGGCCUGGCAAAUGCUGAACCCCCAGACCAUGUGUGUGGGGUGAGUAGAAUUCAAUACCCCAGAGAUCCAAGACUGAGUCUUACCUAGAACCUGGUAGAUUCACAGUAGAUACCUACAGACGAUUACUUAUCAGAAAUACUAAAAUACCAAGUCUGCAACCUCAGCAGGGGGAUUGAAUGCUUGUAGAUAAAGCCUUUGCAGUCACAAAGACCACCUAGAUAGGGCAGCAUUUUAGCCUGAUGUUGUAAGUUUCUACGCACAACUCCAAAAAUGGGGUCAGUGCUGCACCUGCACUGCUCUAAGAAGUCUCUCUCUGGAUGUGCUAUACCCAUGUUCAAGAGGCUGUUUCUUGACUUCCACAGACUAUUUUCAUUCACAGGACAAGUGCAUGUGAACAUUCCCAUUGGACAUGAAUCCUAAGCAUUUGCCUUAAGCUGUUAGAGAUUCCGAUUUAGUAGAAAACAAAAACAAUCAGAGUUGCAGUUUUCUGAUUUAUGAGUGCAUUUACUUUGAGACUCGCAUUCUGUACUGAUUUUUGUCUUUUGGUUCCCAAGUAUCAGCUGCACAGGAAAAGAAGCAAGUACAUAUCCUAAAACAAGGUCAAUUUAUCACUGAAAUCUUUCCUCCCCCCAAUUAUUGCGAAUGAAUGUCUUCGAUAUCCAGCUAACGCUGAUUCUUGUUUCCACUACUAAAGAUGUAGCUCAACUUCGCAGGAUUUUUUUUUUUAAUCUUUAAUUUUUGGCUGUACAGUGGAGCUUGGAUGCAUUUUAAAUUAACUUUCUCUAGGAAUCAAAGGUAAUCAUUAUUUCUCUUUAUCAUCUACAUGAAUAUUCUCAUUACUUUUUCCUUUUCAACUUGAAGAUUGGUUUUGAAUUCCCUUUCUUCCUCUGCCCUCCUUCAGCGUGACCCCCGAGGAUCCUGGCCUGCAGGAGAAGCACGGAGGCAACAGCAGAAAAGCCUGCUCUUACUGAGCGGGCCAGGUCGCGGGAGAACAGGGCACGAAGCCGCAGCCUCGCUCUCUGUAAGUGGAAUCCCACACACUGCAGAUGACCUUCUGCUUGCUGUCUUGUUCCUCGGCCCAAACUAAGGCAAAGUGGCCUGGAAGGCUUUCCCUGCCCCUCCGGGGUUGUCUGUCAGUCCCUGUGAUGGGGAGGGGGGAGUCAUCUUCCCCUCCUGUUACACAGAAGCCACCUUCCCUAGACGUGUUACUGUGGAGCCUCCAAGUCCGCUCGGAGAAAGCCCUCCCUUGCAAAGGCUGUGCCUGCGUGAGGAGACAGAAGGAAGCCUUAUCAGCAGCCCCUGCUCAGCUCUCUACGUUUUCUUUUAAUUCACUUUCCUUCCUCCUUUUUUGGUGGUUGCAUUUUCAUCUACCAUGAACCAUCAGAGCUGGAAGGGAUGACAUCUCGGUUGGCAGUGGAGUUGUGGAAUCUGUUCUCUAGUUACAAGCCCUGGUUCUGAGAUGAGUCACUGCAGUCUUUUGAUGGGUCAUUACAAGACUUUCAGCUUGGAGAAAUCGACAGAGAAAGCUAUCUGUCACUCAGCAAGGCUGCUGUGGGACAGAGAGACUCACAGCACCUGAUAUACGAGCCACUCCAUGUAAUCAACUUCGACAGGCACGCUAGCUGGCAAGCUUAGGAGAGUUUAACUACAAAUCAUAGUUCUGGGGUUCAUUGUGAACAAUGGAGUACUGACUAAGUGAAUCAGAGGCCCUUAAUUCGUCCUUGUAAAAACAAAUUUGGUUUCCUUUCGAGGCCAGGAUACAGCAAAAUCAAUUCGCAAAACCUCUGAGAAAUCUUCACUGAUACUUUCAAGCCCAGUAUUUCUCCAAUCUACCAAACAAGGAACUGCCAUUGAGGAUGGCGCUCAUUUACCUCGAUUCUUAUGGCCCAGAAGGGAACUAUGUAGCAGUUAAGUAAUAAUAGCAACAAUGAUAUCAGUGACGAUGAGAACAGUUGCAAGCUAGGGUCUCCACUGCUGCAGAGCCUGGGCAGUACUCAAGGACCCCUGGAUGUGGGUGUUCAUCCACUCAGCCAGCACACAAGGAAACAAAGCCUUGCAGCUGUGUGUGAAGCGUCCUCCUAGUAGCACACACCAGUGAGUGGCCAAAGCAGUUACUCAGGUCCUGUGCUCAGGGACCCUGCUCCCAAACCUCGCAGGACAGACCAUCAUAUAUCCCAUCAGCAUUUACUGUUCUCAGCAGUCGCUUCUAAAGGACUUGAACUUAGUGAAGGUUUGGAAGCCCUCUUCCCCCCCAAGGCUUCUAAGCAAAAAUCUCAAUCUGACUGCAGGGCCACUAUGGAAUAAGGUGGACCCUCCAUUUGUUCUCUGUGGUCUUGCAAGCACUACAACCACUUGACGUAAUUUCACUCCCUGUUGGAUUCUUGUGGCGAUCUGAAAAAUUAAGUGCCGCUGUCCCUGCUUCCAAAAACAGGGUCCUGCUGCAGGCAUUGGGCAGCGAGCAUUGAAGAAGCUGCAUGACACAUCCACAAGUCAUUUCAGAGCGACAGAGCAUAGGGCCCAGCUCCAGUUGUGUUAUCGGCUUCCUGCUAAUGCAUCACCUGAGAGACAGUUGGGUUCCUGACAUUUGGGAGACCCAGAUUGAAUUCCUCAUUCCAGGUGUUUGCUUAGCCCGGCUCUGGCGGGUGCCAGCAUCUGGGUUUGACCCAGUGCAUGGCACAGAGAGCUCUCGAGCACAUAUACCCCACCGACUCUGCCUCUCAAAUCAAUCAGAACCAUUUACUUCUGAUUUUUAUAAAAUGGGCAUGGCAUUUCAGAAGUAGAAAGGUCUAACUUUGAGAAUUCACUGAAAUACACUGAAGAGCACAUAUGAGGUCUACAGGCAAUGCUCAGAUGGGCGCAGUGUGCUCAGGGUUGGUCAUGGGUCUCGGCACACGCAGCCUCCACCUCUGCUGAAGACGGUGGAACUUGGCAUGGGGACAAGAGCAAAAGUAAUCAGGCUUGGAAGAGGAUCUCUACUGUUAAAAACUCGCGAUUUCCAGAACUAACGGGAAAAGAGCCAACUAGCCCCCACCCCAGCUUCGUCACCGACUCCUUCUCUGCUUUUGCCACAGUGGAGCUUUGUAAAGAAAGCGACCACCUGGGUUAUUAGCAUCAGGCUGAGCUGAAACCUUGGUGAAGCUGGCCUCUGAGGAUUAGCAGGAAAAAUCCAGGGCGCUUGCUCUAGGGACCUCAUUCCAUGCCAUGCUCGCAGAUUUCAUGUGCAUUUUGUCCUGUGGUUUGCCCAAGUCCAGACCGAGACUCGAGCUGUUGUUUCUCUUUAGGUAAAAGGGGUGACAGCAACGUGUCAUCUGCACUUGGACGUGGCCCCCGGAUCCCACAGUCGAAGGCAAGUGUCUUCCUACCUUCUUCAAGUGUCCUAAGGAAGCUGUGCUACGUAGCCCAGCAAUGAACUCAGGCAGUGAGAGACCCUGUCUAGCCUGCAUGACGUUCAUCAUCACGGUCCAGUGAGAGCUCUGUCCUCUCAAUUCUCCAAAAUAACAGAAGUGCCAACAGACAGGUCUUGAGACCAGGCACAAGGGAAUUAUUUACGGAAGCUGUGGAUGCCACGGAGCACAAAGCCAGUCUUUACAGUGCACUGGCUCCUUGGUCUCUUCGGGUCAAGUGAGCAAGAAGAGCAGCAUCCUUGAGGGUACCUACCCUAUUCCCCUUUAUAGAAAAGGGGGGUGAAACAAGGGAUCAGCAUGUGAGUCUGUCGUGUGUGCCCAGCAAGAAAACCCUGACUCCUUGGAAAAGACUAUCUCUCUGUGCCUCGGUCUCCUGAUCUGGGAAAUACAACUCAUGUGCUAGUGGUGAGGGCCAAGGAAAGGUAAAGCAUCUAGAACAGAGCUGGGCACAGCAGCGCUCACAAGUUCAUACCGUUACUAUGUCACCUUGGAUUAACACGGUUUUCCUGUCUCUGUUUCUUCCAGGAAGGACCUCUGGAGAUUCUGACCUCUCUACCAUUUGCUCUCUGUACCCAUUCCCCUUGUGUACCAUAAACAAUAAAGUUUGAGAGUGUCAAGACAUCUACGUGCAACUGCUCUGUGUCUGGAAACACCGGCAGGAUUUCCACACUGAAACCCCCAUAUGUCUCCUAUCUUGUCUUCAACCUAUUAAGUAUUGACCAUUUUUGGAACAAUGAUGCCUUAAAGCCAGCAUUUCACUGCACUAUCAAACAAGCUCUCUGGAAGACCUCAUUCGAACACACUGACAUUUCAUUUAAUUUCGUAACAGAGAACUUACUUCCUGAUGUUAGAAGUCAAGAUAUCAAACGUGGUCACCAUCACAGUGAUGUUUCUAUUAAAGCAGGGUUAUAUAUUAGCACUCAGGCAUUUACGGGAAUGCAAAGGACCAGUUCUAAAAAUCCUAUCUAUGGCAGAAAAUUUACCAGGAGAAAAUCUUCUGAUCUUCUGUAACACAUCUUAAUAGCUGUGCUAGUCUAAUUUAAAAUUGUUUGCUUUGGUCCCCCCAACCUACUGCUCACCAAAAGGUCACCUGUGUUAGGGAUGCUUCCUCCAUUAUUUUGAUGUACAUCAGGUUUGAAAAACUUUUUCUUUUCUUUUUUUAGUUUUGCCUAAUACUCAUGUGCUAUUGAUGUGCUGGCAAUCACUUUCAAGUGCUUUCCAGGACAUCAAAAUUGUGUAUUUUGGAAAAGUUAUUUGGGUUCAUCUCACAAGUGGCAACGAGCACCACGCCCCUGGAGUCACCUUGAGCUGUCUGCUGGCUCUGCGAGAAGCUAGCUCAAGGUCUUUCCAAGAGACUCCACAGGCUGGUGUUGCAGACUGGAGAGGAGGCCUCCUGCUGGGCUUGCUGGCUGGGGCAGGACAACCCAGUGCCAUCUUUACUGAAGGCCACGUCUCCAGGGUAACGCCAACACUGAGCUAGGUCAGUAUUUCCUUUUCCUAUACUAUGUGGGCCAAAGUGCAUUUUGUAGGUGCUGUGAGUGGAGGUACCCUGACACAUGCAUUCUACUGAGUACAGUAGAACAACAUUGCAAUGACACAGUCCUCAUCUCUCCUGAAAGAUUACUGUGUGUGAAUCUUCAAUUCUGGUUUCUAUGCUUUUCUGCCCAAAUCAAAUAGUGAAAAUGGUGGACAUAAUCUUCUUCAACCACUGCUCUGAACAAGUUAGCCACGAUCUUGUGGAGAGACCACACAGCACCCAGGUGAAGACGGGUAAUGCUGAAGUGUGGACUCCUGGAAGCCAAAGCCAACAGAUCUGUGGUCUAGAUUAAUGUGUAGGAGUGUUUCUUAUACCUCAUCUGCAAACUAGGCAUAACAUUACGUAACCCUAUCAUUGGAGAGGCAUUUGGAUUAAUUGAGUUAAUACAUAUAAAAUGUUGAAUACCAAUCUUGGGAUAUAAUCUGAUGCUAAAUAAUUUGUUAGAUCUCCUCCUCUUAUCACUGUCACCAAGUGAGCUGCAGCUGUCAGUCCACAAACAGCCAUGAGCCACAUAUGGCUAUCUCAGUUUAAACGAAUUGCAGUUCCAGGAAACUCAACGGUUUGCUCCUCAGUAGCACCUGCCACACUUCAAGUGUUUAAUGGGCAAACGUAUGAGGGCACAUCAAACCUUCAUGGAGAAGAUGCGUUAUGAAAAGACUGUGCAUGGAUGUGAAAAUUACUUUUGCAGCAGUAUCUAUGUUUCAAUUCCCCUUUCCAUGAAUUUUGGAAGCAACCUCACAGCUGUACCCACCGCACCCAACAGACAAGAGGCAGAAGCUUCCCAUCAUCACAGAGAGUCCCACUUGACAGAGCUGAAAUACAGCUUGGACCAAGUCAAAGCAGGAAAAGCACCUCCUUCCCAGAAGACGUGCCAUCUGUCCUCAGCCUCCUCCAAGAAGCUACAGGCUCUCUCUGGGAACAUGGGUACCCAUUUCUUUGUGCAUGUUUCCUAAAAUGCGGUGUGCACCAAACAGUAUGCAUUGCAUGUCGUGAAUUAACAAGAGAAAAACAUUUGCCAGAAAUAGUUUUCUGUCCAGUUGUUUACAAGGCCCUGCCUUUAUCGCUUUGACCCUGCACACAAUUCUGGAAAAGGAUUGGGUCCCCCACCUUGCAGUAGAACCCUGUAUGCUACAGAUAUUCAUGUGUGUCGGCAGCAGAAAAAUGAAGCUCAACCCUCAACCAUAUGAACACAGUCCUCCACCCAACCUGAAACAGGGCAUGCCCAGGCAUGCUUUGCCUGUGAUCAGCCCAUCUGCUGGGGAAAGGCCCAAUCCCUUCCCUCAAGAGCCAUGCCGAUGGCUCUUGUUUGUCUCGUGCAUCAUUGUCUGCUGGGCAUUUGGAUUGUAUUUCAGAGUGAGGCAAAAAUCCUAGCAAAGAGUGGGACCUGGCCAUUGUUACUGGCAAGCCCAAGUUUUACGUCAGUCAUGAACCAUCAGAAGUGACAGGCGCCAGGUAGAGGAGGCCCUGCUGUCAGUCAUCACUGGACACCAGAUGAACUCUUCUGGCAAAAGAAGCCUGGGAAGCUAGGAAUAUGAGCCAGAGUAAGACACAAAGGCCAGCCCUGCUCUACCAGUCCAGCUGGGCAGGCUACAGCUAGGGGACACCUGGGCCCGGAUGGCGAGUGCUCACACCAGGCAGAACUCAGGCAACAUGAUGGCGAGAUAAGGGCAGAGGGAGGGAGAACGGAUGAUUCCUUCAUCCUGUCAACUUGCAUGCAAGCUAUUCAUUUCUCUUAAGGAAAAAUAACGGUUGUACUGAUGAAUCGUGGCAAUAAGGCAGUGUCAAUGACACUACAGCCCAGAAAUAAAAAAAGAAAAAAGACAGAAUCUAAUUAUUUUAAAACCGCAUCACCAAUUAGCUGUUACAAUCAACCUGCCCUUCUGCAACAUUGUAUCCUUGUGCUUCAUUAUUUACUUGCACGCAUUACACCUCAUUUCAACUACAGGGCAUCUCACCGAGGCAGGCACAUCACCCUCAUUUGUCAACGUACAAACUAUGGCCCUAGAAGCUGAGGAAAAUCACCCAAGGCUUUAGAGACAGAAGUGGUUCAGAACUCAUUCCCGACCUCAUGAUGCCCUGGCGUCUCUUCAUUAAGGAGCUGCAAUAUCUUUGAACUGACAAGUUCAUCUGGAGCCAAGGAGAGUCCAACCACAACAACCACCAGCUUUCAUUACAGAAGAUGUAGAUUUACAGUGCUGUCUGGAAAAAAUAUCUCCCUUUCCUGCACCCACCGGUGAUCAGCAGCAAUGAGUGGCCACUUGUCCCCUUAUCUGCAGAGAGUAGAGAGCUCUGCUCAGAAUGGAGAAUGAAGAGUGAUGGCCACGAAGGAGUGAAUUACUGACUUUAGACAGCGACAUAUGCUACGUGUCUCUCAAGGGCCAGGAGGCGGAAACGACUGUGGUCCAGAGCAGUGUGUCUGAGAUCUUUCGCCUCUCAGCACCAACAAUCUGAGCGUUUGCACAUUACUGCACACUUGACAAAGCCACUGCAAACGUCCCAUGUAAAAUGAGGGUUCUCAUUUUCAAACAAGCAGUACUGUGUGGGUAACUCUAAAGUUUGCAGCCAGUCUGAAAGAAAAGCAAACACCUUGCUCUUUCUUUUGUCUGAGAGUAUUUUAGGGAACAAAGAACGUGGACCACGACUGCAAACCAACCAGCAGACAAAUGGAGGACUCUCCAAAAGGCUGAGAUGCAGGGAGCCACAGCCCCAAGGAGGCAGAAUAGAAAGCGUCUCUUUGUCAUACAGUAUGUGUUCACGCCUACAAGAGAUGGGCCAAGAGGACUGAGAGUAGCCAUUUCAAGGACACGUUCCACCCACGCCUUAGUGACGGAGGCAGCAGGUGAGAGGGCGCGGAUGCAGCCAGACAAUCCUACUUCAAGAUCGAGUGCAUGAAACGGGGCAGCAACAGUCCUGUCCAGGGUUGAACAUGGGUGGCGCCCAUGCAGCAGCCGCCAUGCCAGGCACUUCAUUUGCAUUAACAUAUUUAACUUUGUGACUUCAUGGAAUUGACAUCGUUGGGCUUAUUUUACAGACGAGGAAGCUGAGCACAGACAUGUUAACUGCCAACUUCCCCAACAUUGCACAGUGAACAAGUACUGGAUUUUGGAGAUAAAUGCAGGCUCUCUGUACCCAGAGGCCUUAACAAUGGACUAGCCAUGGUGACAGGGACCUGUGGUGUGAGACGGGUCCAUUUCUCAGUACACCUGGACGCAGGGCUUCCGUGUGGCAGGGGGUCCGGUGCUGGACAGUUCCCUGCUGCAGGGAUUAACCGGUGCACUACAAAAUGUUAGCGCGCUUGGCCUCUACCUGGUAGAUGCCAGCAAAACGUCUACCCUGGAGGUAUAAGCAUCAAAACCAUUUAGAAAAUCAUCAAUUUCUCCAGCUAUUGCCCAGUGUCUUCUGGGAGCAAAAUUGCUUCGAGCUGAGGAUCACAAGGCUAGGUGUGACGGUAAGACUGGAGAAAGGAAAAGCCUCUGUAUCAAAAACGCAGCCUAAAAUGACCUCACAUUCCAUUCUGAAGGCUAUGGGAAUGAGUCCUCUAGAGAGAAAGGUACCACGUAGGGCUGAACAACUGCAGAGAAGGAGACAAGAUCAGGGUCAGAGUUGCUGGCUGGGGCAGUGGUGGUGCAGGGCGGGGAGGGGGUAUCCUCUGUGAGAGCUGCAACAGGCACUCUUGAGGCCUCUGAACAGGACACGAUCCGCUCACACUCUGCAACUCCUCGAGCUACAGAGAGCAAGAAUCCUGCCCCGAAGGACUUGUUUCAGCCACAGCCCCUGGGAUAAAGCCAAUCCCGGCUCUGAAAGCUCCAAGUCUGAUUUCAGUACGAAGGCUUGUGAACUGGGGAAGGGCGGCUCAGCCUUGGAAGGCCCUGUGGUGUUGGACCUCACGCCACCACGUAAGGGGAACCCUGUUCCACAGCGUGCGAGAAGCUGCGUGGACAGAACUCUUUCCCGGAGGCUCCGUGACAAUGGAAAGCCUGCACGUGUUCUCCUGCACCUCUGCAUCAACACAAUUUCACACCUCAAGGGUUUUCACAGCAGCUCCUUGUACCAAGAUAGGAAAAUCUAGUCGUCCACUCGAUAUUCUAUAGUGAACAUGCUACUUUUAUGAAACAAAAUCUAGCUUAUGUUUUUAAAUCAGGUUUUAUAAUUACAAUCAAUCUAAGAACCACAUGUCAUGUGCCAAGUUGAGAACAUGGACUAGAUCAUCUAAUUCAGGGCUUUGCAAACCAGCCUUCUCCUUUUCUACUGCCUUUAUGGGCGUCCAGCAAGUUCUUGACAACAUGACUGUGAAGGCUUGGGGAGAAAUAUUUUCUUAGCCCUCUGUAACCAGGCUGCCAUGGCCAUUUUGAACCCAGUGCAGCUACAAGCUUCUAACCGACUUUAUGUUUUCUUCCAAAGAGUGAGCUGGAUUGCCUAAGAAAAGUUAACUGAUCCCCGAGGAAGCGAGCAGAGCCUAGUCGGCUGGACAGCCAGCCACGGUCCAGGGUUCCUGUCCUUGAGGUCGGACACUACUUUACUCAAACACAAAGAUCUUCCCACUCAGCUGCCUCCUCUAUCAACACAAGUUCUCUUGAGUUCAAGGACAAUGGCACGAGCCAAGGUCCCAGGAUGUGUUAUGUUGAACAGUCACUAACUAAUAGCCCUACUGAAGCCCUACUAUAUUUGAGAGAAUCACUGAGAACUUUCGGAGAUCAGACAUACCACGGAACAUCUUAGCAAUCCUUCCCGAGCUCAGACAGGGAAGCAGUCUGCCUUUGGUAGAAGCACAUCCCAGCCAUGACGUGCACAUUCCUCCAUUCCAGGUGGAAACCUGCCCCCAAGAACCACCUCACUGUGGUCUCGGCAGCAGCCUGGGGGCAGGGUGCAGGCUGGAAACGCAUGACCCAAGCGUCUCACAUCAGCAGCUCUCCUAGGAACACCACCCAGCUCUCAGCUUUCACUGCAGUUGGAACAAACAGUAACAGUGAAAAUGGUUUUCAACGGCUUUGUUAAAAAUGUUCCUCACCGUGGAGGACUUCGUUAGAUCAGGCAUUUUGCUAAGAAGCUGAAAUUUUAAACCACUGGAGGUUCCUCGAGCGUUAUGCUUUGCCACUGCAAAGGAUCGCUAAGCUUUUAUAUUCUUCAUAAAUGGUAAAUAGAUUUAGUCAUAAAUAUCCUCUACUAUGUGCUUUGCUGCUCUUAUUUGGAGGCAAGUUGCACUAUCUGAUUACGCAGGAUAAACAUUAUCCAGUGGCCAUCGUAUGGGGACCACAGUCAGCAAAAAGCACAAUUUCUUCGUCAAUGAAAGGGAUCUAAAGACAUCAAACCCCAAACAUCUGCCACGCCUGGUUGGGGAAAGAGGACACUGAGCAGUGUCUUGUGGUGUUUUAAGAACAGUGACCAGCUGGCCUGAAUGCAAACAGUCUGAGGACGUAAGGAAGGAAUUCACAUCGUAGGAUCAGCCGCUAAGUGUUCCGUUCAUAGGUGCUGCCUUCAUUCCCUUAAGAAGUGGAGAAAAAAAACCAAAACCACUUUCUUCUCCAGGAUCAAUCUCGAGAGGAGAGUGAGCAAGCAGCCAGGAAACUCUUUAACCAGAAAGCCACCAGCGCGGUGGAAAUGAGGCCUUUGUUCCCUCUUUCCCUCAGGAAUCGGGAACAUGAAAUCGUUGAGAAUAUUUGGGGACUGCAGCGGUGGGGCUGGCGGUGUUCUGAGACGUGCCUGGAACUGGUGGAGAGUGAGCGGCUCUGGCACCUAAGGAAAAUGAUGCGACCGAACCAGCAAACAGCCCAGCCCUUCCAUGAAGGUGUUUCUCUUCUGCAGUGCCCACCAGUCCCCUUGGCUGUUGCAGGCCUGGUUCUGGAAGCUCAUGCAGAACACACAGGUUACCAUUGAUUCACGCAUCUCUUCUGACCUCAGUAAAAGUGGAGGGACUGUCAUUAAACUGGUGAUGCAGCUUCCAGUGGAAAAUUGCUUUUCAUCCCAAACCAUUGGAUGACGGAAUCCUGAUGGCAGAUUUCUCCACUGGAACUUUGAGGGGUCUUCAGUGAGUUCACGGGAAAUCCACAUUAUGAAACACGUGUAUGGAUCACAAAAAGUUCCUUGCAUCAAAAAAAAAUCUUUCAAUUCCAAUUUUCCUCAAGCUUUUGGACGCGCCUGUGUUGGGAAGCCAGACGCUGGGCUCAACAGGAUGCGGCAUCACCCACGCUCUGCGGGCCUGCUCAUCACGCACCAUCUGCGAGUAGACGUGUUCAGCCCCUAAGUUCUGGAUACGGUAGCAGACACUGCCUACUCCUCCUGGCCACUGGACUUUCCUCUUCUAGUAUAGCCCUGUGCACGUGCUAGAUGGACCAUCCUUUUUUUUUUUUGAGCCAGCUCAGAAAAUACAGGGGAAAUUCAAUGCAUGCAUUUGUAACUAACAUGACCCAUGUGACUUCACUGAGCCACAUAAAUUUUAAAUAAGGAAAGAGUGGAAAAGAGGAGACAAACAAGGAAAAACAUUUCUCUUCCUGCUUUCCGUGAUCAGCCUCGAGCCAGGCCUCCAUCUAAUGGGGAGAGAGAAGGCUUGCAAAAAUGCAAAGAGAAUCCAAGUUCAUUAAUCACAGAGGCCAAGGCUUCAGUAGCUAAAGACUCCAGAAAUCCUGACUUGGAUCCUCUUUGCAUUCUUUGUGAUCAAUGAAUAAUGUAAGGCAGCCAUUCUCAAAUGUUAAUGCCCAUACCAUCACCCAAGGGUCUUGUUAGAACACAGGACUGAACUGAAAAAUGUGCUGAGGCUGCCUCCCUGGUGGCCCCCCAAGGGAGGACCACACUGCUGGUUUUUGGACCACACUCGGGGAGAUGGUGUAUUUAAAGGGUCCUGAAGGAAAAUUUUGACUCUGCCCAACUUGUACUAUGCAUGCCAACUAAAAAUCCUAAUCCCUAUGGAAGAUGUGAGUCUGCCACACAUAAAUGCUUCAAUCUAACCUCACAAAGUCAUUGCACAAUUUACAUGGUGAGUGUGAAAUCUUGCUAUAAUUCAGUGGCUAUUGUUACCUGAAGGUGGUUCCGUCUCUCAGCAUGAAACAUUAAAAUACAGCAAGUUACAAUGCUACUUCGGGGUGUUUUAAGCUAUUCUUCUAAGUAUAAUGGCUUAAAACACCUCAAGGAAUAAAAGCAUAAAUAAUGAAAAUAUCCAAACCCCAUUUACACUGUCAUACGUACGGAUCUUAAUUACAGACUACAGAUUUUCAUCUAAUUGCGAACACAAGUCAGGUCUUGAAUAAUUGGGAGGAGGAAGGGCUCAGCUUAUCUUAGAAAUAGUUUCAGUACAAAAACAUUCUUGUUUUUCAAAUAUCAUUGUUACAUUUUAAAACACAGAAAUACAAGAGAUAAAGAUACUAUUUUUUUUUUUUUUUAAGAAAAGCUGGUACACAUAACUCAACAAAGGCGUCUCAUAGCAAGAUGAGCACUCCGUGAAUCAGGGGUGCUGUGACAUUGUGGCUGCGGCUCUGACUGCUGGCUGGAAUUCCUGGGCACUUUGAACAGUGCCCCUGCUUGGGCAUGUCCUCCAGGAUUCUCUAACUGGUUGAGGAUGAGCUUCCUCCCCAGGUGCCCCCAGGGCAGCCGGGGCUGAGACCACUGCUCUAACACAGAGAUCUUCAACUGCCACCCCACAACCAGUGCAUCUGCCUAGAACUGCACAUUCCUGAGCCUUGGCCCCGACCGGAAUCAGAACUCUGGGGUUCGGACUCAUCAAGUUGUUUCUUACACAAGCUCUGUCCCGAGAAGGACCCUACUCAGUGUUCCUACUUGAGGACCCUUCCAGAGAUCCCCGGGAAGACCGGACGUUGAGACAUUUUUGUUCUGAUCAGCAGCCUCUCUCCAGGGUGUUCAGUCCAAAGACGGAUAGGCUACUUCUAACCUAAGAGUCUCCUGGGUGGAAGGCAUCUUAGUUUUAUUUAAUUAACAACUUAAGGAGGGCUAUACUGCUCCCAAAAUGUGAUCUUCCUUAACGCCUGAACACCUUGAGCCCCGGGAGCCCAUCUCCUCCUGGCCCAGUAUUUUCCGUCUCCCAAGGCUUACUGGGAAGAAGCCCUGUAGGAAGUUUUCUAAGAGGAGUCAGCUGUGCUUACACUGACCCCUGCAGUGGUUGUUAGCAUCCGGAGGCUACGCAGACACUCACGUGAGGUUUGCUGGAAACAAACUUUGUGUACUUACAGUAACCGAGUUCAGAUGUUUUCAAAAAUAUAUUAAAUAUAUAAUUUUAGUUGUAUCAAACUCCCAAACUGAGUAUUUUCAAAAUAUUGAACAGAAACUCGGGCUUGCUGUUUCAUAGCCGUUUAUGCGCGUGGAGAGCUAACGACAGCUCCUGGUCAACACUUCAUUGUGAACACCUCUUCACCAUUUCCACUUUUAGCUGAUACCGAGAGGGAUCACACAAAUCUAUGAACCACCACAUGAUGUCUCGAUGGACACACACACACUGUGUAAUGCUCCAGCCGAGGUCAGCAUUUCUCUCCUCCCAGACACUCAUCCUUUCUUGAUGGUGAAAACAUUCGCAAUCCUCCAGCUUUAUAUAAAAAUACCCAGAACAUCCCCCUUACCUACAGUCACCCCACUGUGCGAAAGAAUGCCAGAACUCCUGUCUCCCAUCCAACUACAAUGCAGCAGGGGUUAACUGAUCUGUUCCCGUCUAUGCCUGCCAUCACCCUCCACAGACCCUGUGAACCACCCUUCUCCUCUCAACUUUCUUCACUAUCUACAAAUUCUUCACUUAAAAACUACAUGAGAAACUCUGUAUAGGUAGACAGCAAACAGUUUAAAAGUGUUUUUAAAGCAUUUCAGAAAUGGCUAACAGCUGCAUUUAAAGAAACCAACAGUGUCCCCUUUACUGAAAAGUUGUCAUAUUAUGAUGUCACCUGAUAUUAUGAAAGAAUGUCUAAUCCAGGUCAAGCUAUUUUUUCUCAGUGUGCUAAAUCAUGACUGUGGUUUACAUAUAUUAUUUUUAAAGAUUUAUUUAUUUAUUUGAAAGGUAGAGUUCCAGAGAGGUAGAGGCAGACAAAGAGAGAGAGGUCUUCACUUCCCAGAUGGCCACAACUGCCAGAGCUAUACUGAUCUGAAGCCAGGAGCUUCUUCCAGGUCACCCACGUGGGUGCAGGGGCCCAAGGACUUGGGCCAUCUUCUAUUGCUUUCCCAGGCCAUAGCAGAGAGCUGGAUCGGAAGUGGAACAGCCUAGACUCAAACUGGCACCCACAUGGGAUGCCGGUACUGCAGGCGGUGGCUUUACCCACUAAGGCAUGGCCCCUAGAUAUACUAUGAGAACAAUGACAGAUCGUCCAAAUUUAGGUGAUUUUACUCCUGAUCAUUUGUGUGUACUAUGAAAACGAGGGCAAUUUCUCUCACGCACAAAGCCAGUUGUCCUGAGACCUUUACAAGGAUACCCCUAGCUCUGUGUUUGUAUAUGACAGUAACUGAAAAAAAUGCAUGGAAACUUGACUGCGAAAAAUGUUUACUUUGGAGCUAAAAAAUUGAAAUCUAAGUGUUUUUUCCCUAACGUGCAUUCUCUGUGGACUUGGUGAAGACCUGCCGUCCCUGUGUGAAGAGCGCAGGUGAUAGAGUACGGAUGAACUUUCUACCGCCUACAAUUCUCAUACAAACUGCAAACCUGGGCGGCUUCCCAAAACCAUCCUUUUUCACAAGUUGCUAGGAGAACUCCCUGAGCUCAGUGAAAGCUGCUAUGCUCACAAUAGCUUUCCACUGGGAAAGGACACAGGUUAAGAUCAGCCACAGAAGCAGCACGCAGAAGAGAAUCCAGGAGAAGCAAUCAGCACGGAGUCCCUGCCAUGCCAUGGAGUCAGGGGCACCCAACCCUGAGUAUCCGGGUCUCACAGCACACAGAGCACUGCAACACGGGGGGCUCCGUGAGCCUCAGUCUUCAGAGCGCUUCGUGGUGCUCCAUUCUGUGCGCGAGAUUAAUGACUGACAAGUGAUUCACCCCGUCUCCUGUUAACUAAGAACGCCCGCUCCAAGGCAUCCAACUCGAGUCUCAUUGCAUCCCCUCCUGCGUGACCAGCAUCCACCCUAAAAAGCACUGCCACUGCCCGGCUAGCAGGAGAGCACAGAGUCUCCCCAAACUAAGACUUCUUUGGGGAAUGGUGCAAUUCUUGAUGAACAGUAUACCAAGGACAUACCAGCGCAAGUUAAGUCAACAGUGUAUUCAAAUGGGUACGCAGGCUUGUAGAAAUAUGCCACUCUUCUCCUAAUGAGCAGUGUGAACUCACUCAGAUUAGAUCCCACCUUCCCCAGCAUUACCCUUCAUUCUCUAAGAUAGAAAACAUCUUCUAAGACUCUCUCCUGUCCCUUGCUAGCUUCAAAAAUCCUGUUUCUUUUGGUCAAUUUAGAAAAUGCAUUCUUUGAAAAGACUGCCAAAAACAGGCUUAAUAAUAGAACUGUUUUAGAUGCUUUAAUUGAUUUACUUUAAUAUUUUCCUGAAAGGCAGAAACAGAGGGACCGAGAGCCAGAGAGGGAGAGAUCUCCCAUCUGCUAUUUCACUCUCUAAAAUGCCCACAACAACCAAGGCUGGGCCAAACUGGACAGCAAUCUGGAGCUCAUCCAGGUUACUUACUUAGGCCGUGACCUGUGGCCUCCCAGGUUGCAGGAAGCUGGUGUCAGGAGAGGAGCUGGGGCUCAAAUCCAGCAUAUUAACAGGGGGUGUGGCAUCUAGUGUGUGCACCAGCUGCACACAGGCCCCAUCCCCGUGUUAGCACCUUCACCCUUCUCUGAACUCAGUUCCUGUGGAACUGGGCAGCAUUCAGCUCCCAGGGGCUUCCCUUCCUUUAUUGCAGGAGAAGCUAGAAGGGAACUCGACAGCAGGAUGAUCAUCCUUUGAGCGUAACCGCUGCGUGUUACGUAGCAGUUGGGUUCUAACUACUCCAUUCAGCAACAUCUAGCAGUUUCCAUGGAGACCGAUGCUGGACACAAGGCUUAAGUGAUGCUGCAAUUAUCAGGAGCACCAUGUGAGGUUGGCACGGUCACUGAUCUGGCAUCUUUUUAAAAAAAAUUCUUUGUAAUUAAAACUAUCCAUUUUGCAGCAGAUUGAAAAUAUUAUUUGCCAAACACUAGCAGAUGGCAGAGACUUCAUGGUCACCAGAAAUUUCCAGAAUCACGUAGGCCAGAUGCCUCCAAUGCAUUCCCAGGAAUGAAUUUCAUCCCUGGCAUCGGCCACAGACUUUCCGAGUUCCCAUCAUGCUGUCUCCUCCCCCAGCUCCCCGUCGAGUGGCAGCCCGCACUGUGGGCUCCUGGUCCACGAGUCCCACGUCUGUGACUGCACAACAGAACACACUGCUGUAAUGGUUUCAAUUCUCCUUCUUUCCCUUGCUCUAUAAAACAAGCUUUUUAUUGACUUUUCCAGCUUCAGAAAAUUGAAUUUUUAGCUGCGUAUCAAAUGGGGAAACUCACAGGGCACUCAGGCUGGCUAAUUUCUCAUAAUUACAGGGUUUCACACAAUGUGCCGGUUUCUCUUAUGCCAUUUUCUUUUCCUUGGAAACCUCUGUUUUGUUCUUUAUUUUUUGACUUUCAGAUCCAACAACACAUAUCUAGGUUUUGGUUUUGCACAGAUUUAUUUCCUUUAUUUUAAGCCUAUGAAUAUUGUUCUGUAUAAUGAGAUGGAGUUUGGGUUGAUUUCAGGUUAAUACAGAGAACACAGUGAAAAGUAGUAUUACAUACAGAGCAUUAGCAAGCAAGGGAAAGAGCAAGCAAGGUGGUGGGGCAGCUGGCUGCCUGGCAAGCGGAGGUUGUGGACAGACACAGGGGAAAGGAACGCCUCCUGCAUGGUCAGCAAGGACAGGGAGACCAGGAGCCGACGGGGAGGGAGCUUGGAGUCUGUGGGAUACAGUGACAGUCGGGAACCGAGCUAGGAAGGAUACUGUGCCCUUCACAGGCGUGGGCAGGAAGUUGGUGAGAGUGUGCAGAACGAGCCGGGACCUUCUUUCCUAACAGCCAAGGCAGGUGCCUGGAAGAGAGGCAGCGGCAGAUGGGACGGAGCCUUCUAGAGCAGUUCCAGGGCUGGCAAAGUGAUGGCGAGGAUCCCCCCCCCAUCACAGUCAGCUGUGCACCCAGGGGCAGGACUCCCCCAUCACAGUCAGCUGUGCACCCAGGGGCAGGACCCCCCCAUCACAGUCAGCUGUGCACCAGGGGCAGGACCCCCCCAUCACAGUCAGCUGUGGACCAGGGGCAGGACCCCCCCUAUCACAGUCAGCUGUGCACCAGGGGCAGGACUCCCCCCCAAUCACAGUCAGCUGUGCACCCAGGGGCAGGCCCCCCCCAUCACAGUCAGCUGUGCACCCAGGGGCAGGACUCCCCACAUCACAGUCAGCUGUGCACCCAGGGGCAGGACCCCCCAUCACAGUCAGCUGUGCACCCAGGGGCAGGGCCCCCCCAUCACAGUCAGCUGUGCACCCAGGGGCAGGGCCCCCCCAUCACAGUCAGCUGUGGACCCAGGGGCAGGACCCCCCCCCAUCACAGUCAGCUGUGCACCCAGGGGCAGGGCCCCCCCAUCACAGUCAGCUGUGCACCCAGGGGCAGGGCCCCCCCAUCACAGUCUGCUAUAGACCCACGGGCAGGACGCCCCCCAUCACAGUCAGCUGUGCACCCAGGGGCAGGACCCCCCAUCACAGUCAGCUGUGCACCCAGGGGCAGGACCCCCCCAUCACAGUCAGCUGUGGACCCAGGGGCACUGAGGGAGGCACAGCUUAGAGGGCAGCUAGGUUGGCUUCCCUUAAAUCAUUUAUAAUUUGAUUUACUAAACUAUUCAUACAUGUAAUGAGUAAACUGCCAAUCUGAUGACAGCAAAUGUACACCUUGUGCAACUCUCCACUUGUGAGUCUGUACAUGCACUUGUGGGUACUCAGCUUACAGACGGAGCACUCGACCUGUCUACAGGAAAGGGAGGGGUCAGGGCGGAGGUGGCUGAGCGAGCUCUGCCCGUCGGCGUCACACACAGCAACCUCCCCACCCUCUGCCGUCCUGGGGUCUCGAGUGGGCUUCAUGUCUGCUAGGUUUCCAAACAAGUCUGAAAUCUCUCCACUUCCGGGAAGCAGCCCAGUGUGCUCAGUCUCCUGGAAAACAGUCACUGUCAAGGUCUCAAACGCCUCGCGUCGGUUUGCGGGAACUUAGACUGCGGACGGGACUCUUUUGUGACACAGGAAGCUGCCAGGUGGAGGCACUCAAUGUGUGUAGGAGGACGGAGCACCUGGGCACCCAGCGCUCCCCUUCACUCCCCGCACCCCAUCGCUGUGACGCCCAUCUGCACAGGGCCCAAGCUCCUUCCUUCCCCGUGACCUGUGGGUGAUCCCCAGGUUCAUGGUGGCUGGAGACCCUCUGGAAUCUAAGUGCUGAUAAGUCUAAGUUUUAUACAUACAUGCACACAUGCACAUGUAUGUUAUAGGCUUAAGAGGGAUCUGCAGAGAGUUCAUGGGAAUGAAUUUUUACAUAUGAAUGCCUUUUUGGUGCAAAAUUUGAAAUCCAUGCAUGAUUUUUUCAUAAUAUGCUUUUCAUAUAUUAUUAAACAUGAGCACCAAAGUGUUCAUACUUUUACUCCCAUUUGUACAUGAAUAUUUAAUAUAGAAGCACAGCACAUGAAGUGUACUUGUCUUAUUCGAUAGCACAGGGAUUGUGCUGUUGCUCUCAUCUUGACUCACAUUCCCAUUUUUUAAGAGUUUCAGCAGGUUUCCCCCAAAAGUAAAAUAUCUGUAAUCAGCCUCACUACUGAAGCAAAGGAUGCUGACAUUAAAACUCUGAUGCCAUUCUCAUCCCAAACUAAAAACACGGAACAGGAGAACCCUACGGGGCCCAUUUUUGCUGCAGCAAAAGGCUCUGCCCAAAGUACAGCCCGUCACUCCCUGGCGCAGCCACCCUGGGAGUCACUGAGAGCGUCAGGAGUCCUUGUUCUGUCACUCACGGCCCUGGGACCGUGCCAGACACUGCCACCAGGGAUAAACUAGGACCUCAGCCCCUCAGUGUGGGGGACAGAAAUUCUGAAAGCACCUGCCCGGGUCUCAUCUCCUCCCGACACCAAAGUCCUGACCUGUACUCAUUCACACUGAAAGGUGCUGGUGCUGAGUCCUUCAACUAGACCACUUUCUGCCUGGCACCUGCCCUCCUCACCUGCUGACCUGGUGUUGGCCUCAGCCUCUGUGUGCAGUCCCUUCCUGAGACUAGAGUGCCCCCCAUCCACCCCCUGAGCCCCACAGCUGCCUCUCACACACUCUCCUCCUGGGGUCGUCCUGUUUCCUUCACUCGUCCUCGGUCAGUACUUCCCAAGUGGCAGGUACCAUGAUGUCUAGGACAGGCCCUUACCCACGCAGACCUUGGAUUUGUUUUCAGGAAACCAUCAAGGCAGCCUACAGAGACAGACUGGGGCUGGGACUGGCUAUGUUCAACAAUGCAUCCCUGAGGAGGUGACACAAAGGCGAGAAGGCACAAACCAUGCAAAACCACUGGGGCGGGGGUCAAGGCAGUCAGGGCAGAGCCUGCCUAAGAUCAAGUUCAAAGACCCCAAGGCAGCUGCAAGGUCAUCAUGGCCAAGGACAAGGCCAGUGACCACAGUGCUCAGGUGAGCAGGAGACAGCAAAGAGGUUAGAGCUGCAGGAAGGGGCUGGUGCUCAGGGCAGACUCUGAUCAGGAAGGGGAGCCACUCAACUUCCCACAACGGUGUGGGGAGACUACACCAGAGCUGACCGCCUGGAUAUGGGAGGCACUGGGGAGACUCCCUGCUCAGUUGGCAGUGCAGCCACCGGCGGUGGGGGAAUGGCUCCUGUGCCGGGGGUUCCCAUUCUCUCCCCCCCUCACCUGUAGAUCGCAGGCAGUGCCACAUCACCCUCACAGGUGCUUCUCUGAGAUCCACGCCCUCUAAGGAUGCAGCUCUGGAAAGUGCCGACUCACAAGUCACUCUGAGAUGUAGGUAGCGUGCUACUCAAACUACUCAAACGGCGUGAGUUGAGGGUUCACAUCAAGACCCGAGAGGCUCCUGGGAGAGUUUUCCAACACUUUUGCAGGAAGUGACUGCUGACAUCCAGGCACACAACUGACCACAGCAGAACACACAGUACCCACGGACCCUUGGCCUCAGACUUAGGAACACCCUGAGAGAACCCCAAUCACCCCACUCACGCUGAUGUACAGGGGAUGGAAUGGCACACAGAAGGUACCCCCAGCUCUGCGUUUAACUCCCUGGGAAGCCCUCAGGCAAGUUCACCCGCCUUGGCCUCAACUUCCACAACCAACAAAGAAGCUUAUCACAUGAAAUGAUACUGAGGAAGUACAAGGCUUGAUGCCAUUAAUGAGUUACGCUGUUGACCUGGGGGCAGGUGUAGCAUUGUGUUGGGAGCCCUAGACUGCGUGGCCUUGAAUGACCAAGUUCCUGGAUCUCAGCUGCAAUUUUCUCAUCUGUAAAAAUGACUGGAAGAUGAUGCCUAGCUCACAGGCCAUGGUACCAAAUACAGUUCUUAAAUAAUGCAUGUGAAGUAUACAUCAAUGAUUAAAACUAUGAAAUAAGCGGCAUUUGAUAGUACUGCCAUCAGCAGGAAGGGCCACAGGUGCUGUUUCCUUAGCCGUGGUGGGAGUCUGCCUUCCGCUCUCUGCUCAUCUGAUGCCUGGGAAGUAGAAGUGUUUAUCUUGUGAAGAAGCCAAACUGGACAAAAAGAACAGCACGACGAAAAUCUACCCACAGCCACGGUGUCUCCUCCCAGGAAAGGGAUCGGGGGAGCCUGAGCCUUCACUCCUCUUGACGCAGACUUGCAAAGAGAAACCUUUCUCCGCCCAGGAUGCCUUUCCUUUGUGUGAAUUCUGUUCAGUGAGUUCCAGUGCCAAGGGAAAGCAGUGAGCCACACAAGGCAGGAAAACAAAGCACUCUACAGAUCUGUGUCACCCCCAAAGCUUGCCCAUGUCCCUGAGGCUUUAGGAACCAACCCACGCUUGGGGAGAAGACACGUGCACACACUCUGUGUUACACAGCUAUGGUAAGGAACAGAAACACUUGAGCAAGCAUUUUGGCAUCUGAACCAAAGCACGGAACACAGCCUUGGUCUGCGUCGGGUGUCUCCACUUUCCUAUUAUCGAUAAUGUGGACAGCACCAAUUCUCCUCUGAAUUUUGUGUGCCAACAAGGCCAAGAGUGAUGAGCAGAACUUGACCUGGAUGGAGAGUUGUGGAACUGGCAACAUGCCACGUUUGACUGGCAGACCAACAGCAGCACACUGCUCUCACUCCUGGCCAGUUAGAAAUGCUCACGCCCAGGCUCCAGCCCAGAUGGGCUGAGAUGGAAUCUAUCCCCCAGCAGCAUGCCCAGGUGACUCAUGUGCACGGCACCACUGGAUAGGUGCUCACUGGCUCUGCUCUUCCAACGCACCCCACGCUAACCCGAGGGCUUGGAUCUGUCCGCUCGGUUCAUCAGCCAAGAUAUCACUAUGACGCAGUGGCCCGCCGAGUAACUCUGGUAUCUAACAGUGGGCUGGGUUCUCAGAGUUGCAACUCAGCUGUUUCUUUCCAAGCCUGCAGACACAGUCACAAUCCACUGGUCCACAGGGUUAUACUGGCGAGCAACUUCUGAACUACACGGUAGCUUCAUUCCCACCUGUGCAAGGCUGCAGGUGGACAACACUCAGCCUUACGCCCGGGUGUUAUGGACAAUGACCAAAGAAACCAAACGCCUUCGGGCAGAAAAGCACACAGUUGAUUUACACCUGUGGACCUGACUACACUUGUGUCUCAGAGUCAGGCCCCGCUGCUCCGUCUUCCCCUACUUUUACACCCUAAAUUUAGCAAGGCCAUUGGGAGGAGGUUGAGGCAGCUUUGAGGAGCACGCUGCCAUCUUAGGCCCCUGGGGAUUAACAAAUCACAGCUGCAAGGUAAGCUAGGUUUACAAACAGGAACGAGUAAGUUAUAACUUAAAGACAGUUUCAGGACGUACACAAUGAGCUUAUCUAAGGUAUGUGGCUAGGUCUUUAUGGCAGGUGGGGAACCUAACGGGUUUCUAAGUCAACAUUGGUUUCCUUAGACCUAGCUGGCCCUUUGAUAACAAGGGGGAGGGAGUCUGUAGCAUUCCCUCCAACUGGUCCUUGAUGGCAAGUGGCAGAGGGUUUGUAACACAGGUACCAAGCAGGUAGCUUCUCUUCACGGCCAAAGUGAUGGCAGCACCUAGCCCUCCCCUUGCCAGGAACACAACACUCUCCUAGGAGUACAGACAAGCCUCCCAACCAGGGCAGAGAAAGGGCCAAUUCACUGCUUCGGUGGGGUUUAAGGCAAUUCCCCAUAAACGGCUCACCGGUGUCAGGUUCCAGUAUCAGAGCCCUGUUCGCGCUGGUUUCGCCUCUUCUUCCCAUCAUUCAAGGGACAAAGCUUCAGGCCCACUCUCCCGUGACUGGACAUGUCCCCACUGGUCAAGCUGCUUCUCUCCCUCUCUCCAUCAUAGUUCUUUACAUAAACACCAGGACACACACUUGGGUCACCUGAAACCUAAAGGCAUUGUGACCUCCGGCAGGCCAAACAUGAAUUCGCCCAAACUUGUUCCCUCCAACAAACUUCGCUUUCUGGACUUCUUACAGAUGAGAGAGAACUUAUCAGGGAUUCCAAAAUGUCCAUGGGAAAAUGGGAUCAGCAGUGUACUUUGACACAAAGAAGGUCGGAAUCCAUGCAUAGUCAUUUACAACAUACACGUUCUGUGAACUUUCUGAAGAGUCCUUUGAGGCCUUACAGCAAUCGAGAUGCAGAAUGUCCUUCUUACUAAAAUAGUGCACCUGCCACCGACGGCUGCUCCCUCAAACUCCCAAUCUGACUUUUGUUGUGCUGGCAACCCAUUCAUUUCCACCCUGCAUUUUUCUGAUUUAAACAAUGGUUUUUGAGGGAAUAAAGUUUGCCAACUUUCUUUUUAUUAAUUUUUGGUUUUUAAUUUUUAUUUUGUUUUUCACAGAAUCAAUACAGUUCAUAGAUAAAACUCAGAGAAUAUGAUGUUCCCUCCUUCCCUCUUUUUCUUUCUUUUUUUUUUUUUUUAGCUUUUGAGAUAACACCUUUUAAAUUUACAUUACAGUAAAAAGGCUUAACGCUUCACCAAAUAAGAAGCUAAACAAACAGAAAGCAGCAAGAACCUAGUUUAGUGGGAAUACAGACAAGGACUAUAAAUACUAACAGAAUGUAAGUUUUUCAGAUUUCAAGGAUGUUUGUAAGAGGAUGAUUUGUUUUGUAACAAAGUUCCUUUCCAACAGUGCAUUUACAGGGGCAAGUCACACACAGUGUUCUACAAAGGGAAUCAGCGAAAUACUACAGCUCCUCCUUCGAAAUGCGAUAGGGAACUUCGGAGCAAUCUGAAUGUAAAUGUGGCUUGUGACUGUAGUGCAGCAGCAAAUAUUUCCUGGGGUGUGGGAGCUUCCUGGAGAGGCUUCCUGGAACUCACUCACGUACCUGGGAGCUCUCUGCUCGCAGAUCACAGCACACUCAAUGCGGUGUCCUAUGGUUCUCAGAGCCUGACACGCCACACACCCAGGGUUAGUGCCGUAUGCACGCCACGGCAGUACUGUGCGCCAUGCAACUUAACGGACUCGAACAAGAACUUCCUAUUUUCUCUGCAGGGAUCAUCACUCAGUCGGUCAUGACUAUACAGCAAUGGGUAAACACCACCACCAGAGGAUGAUCUGCCUUUACCUCUGAAUCAAGUCAAGGGUGGCUGCGGAGAAAGACGAACGCCUUGUGUUGAUCAGGCACAGAGUCCUGAACACACGUGUAUUUCUUUCACUGACCCCAACAGCAGAGGGACAUCAUCGGUGGUCCCUCGCUGGGUGGGUGCCAUCCACCCAUGUGCAAAAACCGCAGCUGAGCAGGUGCACCGUGCGUCCUGCCUAAGGCAGAGGCGAGGACGGCACUGGGCGGCAGACGGCUCCUGCUCUGAGCAACAGCACCACCCGCUCUGCCGUCCUUUCCAGGGCCUUGGGCCCAUGCAGCAACCUCUGCUCCAUGUUCUCUAUACCACGUGCAGGAAGAGCCGUUGGCACUGAAGGGAAAUUAGAGGGGGGGAGGGGGAGGAUGAAGACGAUGAUGAUGAUGCUAGGCUGUGAGGGGACAGAAGUCUCGUGCCACUGCUCUGAGCAGCUGCGCGUCCCAGUGACCGCCCCCAAAUGUCAUCUCCCAUGGGAGUAGGAGAGUCAGGAUGGGGUGAAGAGCCUUGGGUGCUCCCAGAGGUCAAAGCCCAGGCCCAGACACCUACAGUUGUUUCCUGAAUGAACAUCCAGAAGCUUCCACCACACACAUCCUCACAGCCGCCCGCUCCACGGUGAGGAGGCUCCCAGCUGCAGCUCUGCUGCCCCAGGCCAAUCUGCUCAGGUGGGCUGUGGCCUAACUCACCAGGAGAGACGCCAGGGGCUGCGACACAAGCCAACACAAAUCCACAAACACAAGACCAAGCCCACAGGAAGCAGAUUUGAACUCUGCAAUCCACUAUGAAAACCUAACUAGAAAACAUGGUUAUUUUAGUGCAAAAGCCAUUCUGAAAAAAAAAUGCAUUUUCAUUCGAUGUAUUUCCUAUCAACUGCUUCAGGAUCUCGUGUAAGCUAACAAGGAAACUGGUCCCACAAUCCUUAUCACCCUGGUAGUGCCUCUCUCGUGAUUAAAAGAAGUUUUUUCUCUACCGUAUCUCCUUCUGUGUGGUGGCAGAAACAAAGCAGUGAAGAGAGGGAACUUAAGACGUGAACAUUUCCCAGUACUGAUAAAAUACGACCGCGAGGGACUUUCCGAUGCUUACUCGAUGUGUUUAUUAACUGCAUGAUUUGCGCAUCCU